AUGUGCUUCGCUGAGAUCUACAUGAAUCAAUUCUCCGGCUGUGUCGACGAGAGCUGUGAUGCUAAAGAACGUACCCAGGCUUACGGCUGGUUCGUCGAUGCUUGUCGCCCCUACGAAGCUCCCAUGACCGGACCGUACGCCUCUGCUACCUCUGUCCUAGCCACUGCCACUGUUGAGAGUACCAGUGCAGUCAACGACACCACUCUGCCUGAGCAUACCGAGACCACCGUCACCGAGGUUGCUUCUGUCAUGACCACUGAGACUGUCGGCGGCUCUAGCACGACCUCUCCGACCGAUGCAACCUCUAGCACAUUCGCUGUCUCCCAGACUACCCCACCCGCCAACACUAGUGCUGUUGAUCCAUCCUCCAUGUCUGCCAACGUUAGUGUUGUGGCCCCCUCGUCUAUGUCUGCCAACAUCAGCAUCGACUUGAGUGUCACUUCUAUGCUGUCGAUCAGCAUUCCGACUACUCCACAUAUUGUGUCGAACAACUCUCUCAUGUCUCCGAUCACGAGUGUCCCUGCCAACGUCACUGCGAGUCCUGCCGGUUAUUACAUCACCGGUAUCAACGCUACCCAUACUCACACUCAUGGCUCGGAGAGCAUCAGCAGCACAGCUCCAACUCUAUCGGAUCCUUCUCACGAGAGCACUUCCCAUCUCACUUCCUCGGCUUCCACCGCAACUCCCACGGCGAGUGCUGUGCCUGAGAAUCCCAACAAUAGUGCUCCAGCUGCGGCUGCUACCACCACCGCCAGCAGUGCCGAGGAUGUCAAGACUCAAUCCAAGCUUGCUCUUGCAGCUUUGGUCUUUGUUGGCUGUGUCAUGUCUGGCUUGUGA